GAAACUUCUCUGUGGAUGGGUCAUUUCACAACAGCAGGAAAUAAUUUUCACUAUGUCAACCAUUUGAUGCAAUGCUGUGGCCGUUACCACUGUAAAUAUCACUGCUGGAGUACUAAAACAGAGAUGAGAAAUGAUAGGAAAACUCAGGAGAGACAUUUACAUCCUGUAAGAGCAUUAAGAAUGAUAGGGCCAUUUUUAGUGCAGAUUGGAGUUUUGUGUGAAGGCAUUUACCAGCACAGGAGGGGACAAGGAGCUGUGGAGUAUGGAACGGGGUCAGUGGAAGCAAUUAGAGUUGGUGUUAUGAUGCUGAACACCAGUGGAGAACUCCAUAAAGUACAGGUUCUUUUUAACAUCACCUAUGUUAAUGGACAGGUGUAUCUAAAUGACUUUCCUAUGAAAACCGGGGUUGCCCACAUAACAUGCCAAACAGUAAUAUUGGAGAACAGAAGCUUGGAUAACUUAGCGGAUCAGCAGCAGCUGGGAACCGUCAGUGUUCGAAUCAUGGUUCACGAGUGGCCUUUGUCAUCCACUUCUGAUUUGCAGCUGAUUGUCAUUCAGGAAGAAGUGACAGAAAUUGAUGGAAAACAGGUUCAGCAGGAAGAAGUAACAGAAAUAGAUAUUUUAGUAAAGGACCUGAGAGUACUUAGACAUUCCAACUACACCGUCCCUUUGAAAGAGAGCAUGCUGUACUCCUUGCCAAGGGACAACGACGUGUUAUUUACACUGCCCAACCUCUCAGGAAAAGAUAUUCAAGAUCCACUGCAGACUACCAGUCAGUACCUCAUCCAGCAAGUAGAAACUACAGUGGAUGAAGAGACAUUACCUGGCAAGUUACCAGAGACCCCUCUUAGGACAGAACCUCCAUCUUCUUACAAGGUGAUGUGCCAGUGGGUGGAAGACUUGAGAAAAGGGUUGUGCAGAUUCUGGUUUCAAUCUCUACCUAUCUUGUUUAGUUUCAUGGAAGUUGUUGUUGUUGGAGUUGUUGGAGCAGCUCUUAUUAUCAAAGUCUUAAAGCUGAUUCUCCCUUCCUGUGAAAAUAAAGGCAUCCUUCUCCUGGAUCAAGUCAGCUUUGUACCUGUGACUACCAUCAGCCUGCCUUCAGACCUUUCAGACAGGAAAAAUAAUUUAGAUGAGAAAGCAUGUACUUAAUGCUGUAUUUACUUUGGAGUUACUGUUUUUUUAAAACACACACUUUUAGUUGAUCUGAUAUUUGGCACCUGAUCUGAAUACCUUGGUUUUUUUUCCUACUAAGAAAACUAAGUCAGUUGAUUAAUUGAUAAAAGGCCACUCAGGCCGAGGCCCAAAGCUGACUUCCUUGUGCCUCUCCAUAAACAAGCAGCCUUUUCAGAAGCUUCAAAGCAGAACAGCUGCCUUUUCAGAGGUUUCAAAACAGAGCAGCUUUCCACCCUGAGGGCUACCAUUGGUUUUAACUUCUGUGAAGUCACUUUUCCACACCUCAGACAGGGUGCUGGCUGCCUUCAUGCCCAUAAACCAAGUCAGCUGUCCUGACUAAUAAGAUGAUAAAAUUCAGGGUGUCCUUAAGUCUGGAGAUAGCAUUCUUUUAAAAAAUAUGAGGAAAUCUUGCAAACAUCAGCUGUGCCUGCAAACCUAAGCAAAGCUAUCCCACCUGGUUCCAGAUCUCAUAGGUUGAGUGUGUCUUGCAAGGAAGAUACCGCUACCAAACAUUUGCGUUACUCAAAAGAUCUGACAUUUUAUAUAUGCAAAACAAAAAUUUGAACGGAAGAUUUAUAUUUCAAGCACUUUACAUUUUUAUGGCCCUUCCACUCAUAAAAACUGUUGGCAGUUGUAACCAGCUUGCUUUUUGUAUCUGUGACAGCAGUACUCUAUGAAGUCCCAAAAGAAAAAUGACAAUUCCAUUAAAUUCUACAGAAAUACUGGCUUACUAUUGCUGAGUAGGCCCAGUCUGCUCAUGCCAGUUUGUACUGUUAACAUUUUUCAAAUAAACAUUUAAAUUGUUUAUUA